CUGAAAGCUGUGUAGUGACGAGUGCGAAGCGAAUUGAAUCGAAUCUUAAUCCUGAGGACACGGCUAAAUCGGUGAGCUCGUCGAGCUAUGAGCACCUAGAGCCGUUAAUUGUGAAACCUUCCUGAAUCGGCAAGCUGCAACAUAGCCACUGAGCUCCGCACAUCUCAAACGGCUGCAGGAUGUUGAUCCGUUGGAAGAGUAAAGACAAGAGCGCCUCCUCCAACCAGAGUGUCGGCGGCAGCAGCAGCUCCUCGUCGAAGAAGAAGCGCAAGGGUCGAGAGGGCGAAGAAGACUGGCAGAAUGAGGCAAAGUCGGGACGCCUUCCGUCCAAUGAACAGGGUGGCGACGAACGACGCCGAGCCAUGCGACGCGACGAUCCGCGACGACACACGCUCGGUGGCGAUAUGCUGGUCUACGGCUCGCAGCAUCCACACGCCCAUCAGAUGGCGCCGCAGCAACAGCGCGCUAUGGAUCUGGAGAUGAGUACGCGCGCGCAGAAGAACAAGAAGAACCAGCCGAUGCGGGGAUAUGCGCCAGUCAACCAGGGACCGCUGUUCGACGACGAUCCGGGCAUCAUGUCGGAGGUGGAAACGGCCAGCACCGGAUUCCGGAGGGGCGGCAAGCAGCGCUCCUCGCUCCCCGUGGUACGCACGCCCUCGAAAACACUGGAACGACCGCUGGGCCUGGUCUUUCUGCAGUACCGCUCGGAGACGAAGCGCGCCCUGCUGCCCAACGAGAUCACAUCGAUUGAUACGGUGCGCGCCCUAUUCGUGCGCUCGUUUCCGCGCCAGUUGACCAUGUCAUAUCUGGAGGGGCCCAAUGUGAAGAUCUACAUUCAUGAUGCCAGCAAGGAUAUGUUCUACGAGCUGGAGGAUGUGCGCUCACAUCUGCGCGAGAUCAGGGAUCGCUCCGUGCUGCGUCUCUUUGAGUCCACCGAGGUGGCAGCCCCGCCCCAGAUUCUGCCCGGCGGCCCUGGAAUACCCCAACCCCUGCCGCAGGCGCAGGCCAAUUGGGACCAGGAUCAGAGCUACUUCAGCGAGCCGGAGUUCGACUCGGACUACAAGCACCAGCAUAUCCACAAGUCAAAGAUUGGGAAACAGCCGGCGCCCUACUACGUGGGCUCAUCGCAGACACUGCCGCGGGGCAUGUACUCAUCAGAACGCAACAAGGUGUCGAUGGAUGGAUACACCAGUUCCCCGGAGCGCAGCAGCCGCGGAAACUACGAGGAGCCGUACUACAGCCAGUACGGAACUAGGGGCGCCGUAGUGGCGCCCAUUAUCGACGAGGAGCAGAGGUGCGAGGGGGACGAUGGAACCAUGACGGAGGAUCAGUACGCACUGUACGGCAUCAAGGUGGGCCCGGGACCCAACCGCCUCGCGCACCGCGGCAACCAGAUCUACGACCCCACUAGGCCAGAAGACUUGCACCGCAUUCGCGUGGAGCACAUGGAGAGGCAGCUGGCCAACCUGACGGGACUAGUGCAGAAGGCCCUGGUCAACCAGAAUCCCCAGAUUGCCCCGCUGGCCGUGCCCACCCUGGACCCCAACUAUCUGGUCGUGCCGUCGCAGAUGCAAGCCAACGGCUCCGGGGAUGAGCUGUACAUUCGGGAGAAAGCUCCCAAGCUGGGCAAGAACUCGUGCCAAAAAUCCGUGUCCUUUGAGAAGUCUGUGUCAUUUAGCGAUGACAUACAGGGAAUACCAAAGUCGCACAAUCCCCUACAUGCCGCUGAAACGAAGCCAACCAAGCCGGCAAUCAAGUCGUCCACCCUUCCACGCACCUCGUCCCAAGAGCGUGACCGCCUAAAGCCUCCUCCGCCCCCCAAGCCGAUCGUGCUGGCUCAGACCGCUCAUCCCAACUACCGGGCGGACAUUGCCCUGGCCCCCGAGGUGUACAACCAUCUGCGCGGCCUGCAGAAGAAGGCCAAGGACCUGCGCAUGGAGGUCCGCACCCUGAGGCGCCUGUCGCAGGCCCAGGCGGUCGCCGUGCGCGAGGACAUCAAGGGAACCUUCAUGCGGAUUCGCGCUACUCUGCUGGCGAGCAGUGGCAGCUUCUGGGAUCACCAGGGCGACCAGGACGCCACUCGCAUUUCGCGCGAGGAGGAGCUCUACAAGCAGGAGGUCAUACGCCUGGAGAAGGACCUCAGCGACCUGGAGGGCUCAGUUGAGAACCUGCGCGGAGAGGUCAUUAACCGGCGAACUCGCGUCAACAUGACGGCCGUGGAAGAUAUGGCUUUGGUGCUGAGUCGGGCAAGCAAAACCGUCGCCGAGCUGAAGCUAAAGUUCCCAUCCCUUUCGAAUGGCUUGCGCUGCAUCCUGUCCAACGAGAUGGAGAAGGUGGUGCGAGAAGAAAAGUUCCUCAAAGAAGAGCCCGACCGCUUGGAGUCGGCGCUGCGGCGCUGCAAGAAGCUGACCGGCACAUUGGUGACGCUCAAACGCUUGGCCAGCGUGCAGGAGCAACGGCUGCCGCCGAACGAGCCAACCAUUAGUGAGGAGCCACCGCGGUCCGCGGACAUCUCGGCGCCGGACAAGCCAAUCCCAACACCCAGGAUGGGGUCGUUCGCUCUCAGCGGGGGACUCGCACCCGAAAACGCACUCGAUGCUCUGCUAGAUGAGCUCAAGACAUUCUCCAAGCCCAUCGCCCAACAACAGCAACAGCAGCAGCAACAGCAACAGCAGCAACAACAGCAGCAGCAACACCAGCAACUAUACGAGAUUCGCCCUGAAGAUUCGGCAUCCGACGAAAGCGCCCAGGCCGCAGUACAAAGCACCGUCACCACGCAAAUAUCGCAGGCCCGUCUCUACACGGAGGCGAGCGUCAAUAUGCAGCAAGCGACCACCGGCGGCAGCAUGGUCAUCGCUGUCGCCUCGGGAUCUGUUUCGGCGCAGGCUCAAUCCCAGCGAGGAGUGCUCAUCCACCAGCAGUCGCAGUCGCAGGCACAGCUGAUGGUGCACACCAACAUGGGCAGCCUGCGACGGCUGCACUCCUAUCCCAGUGAGUCGGAUGGCGAACUGUCUGUGCCGCCACCGACUGGCCCGCGGGCCAGUGAGACCUCAACCUCGUCCUCGACCAGCCUGGCCAACGGCGGCAGCAGCAACAAGCCACCCGUGCCCGAGCGAAACGCUGAAUUGAUCACCAAGGUGGGCCACAAGCGCAUCCCGCCACCUCCGCCGCCACGCACCAGCUCACGCAGUCCACUGGCCAGUCCAACCAGCCCGAACGUGCCACAAAACCUGGCUGCCGCAGCCACAGUCAAUUUGAUUCCCAAUUCCAAUUCAAAUGCCAAUGCCAAUAACAAUGCCAAUGCCGCGGGAAACAAGGGCACAGUGGGUGACACAACGGCCGUCGUUAGCGGCGACACCUCCAGCGGGGACAACUCGAGUGGCAACGAGUCCGGCAACGACCAUGCCCAGCGCCAGGUGGCCCUCGAGAUGCGUCACCAGGAGCUGCUCAAGAAGCAAAAGAUGCUGCAGGAGCAGUACCAGCGGCUGCAGCAGAUGAGCAAGCUGCCCUCGGUGGAUGUGGCCUGUUCCUCCUCCUCCUCGCAGGACAUCGCCGGUGGCAGCAACACACUACGAAAGCUGGGUAGCGAGACGAACAUCCAGCAGAAGAUCGCCGCCUUGAGUCUAGCCUGCGAGACUAGUGGAGCCGCAGCUGCGGCGGCGGCGGCUGCUGCUGCGGCUACCAAUGGCGUGGUGGCCAGUGAUGCUACGAGCGGUGCGAUCGGCGGUGGUGGUGGUGGUGGAGCUGCAGGGGCGGCUGGUGCGAGCGCUGCUGCUGCACACACCAAUUCCAACUCGAACUCGAACUCGAAUUUGAAUUUGAACUCCCAACACCAGACAGCCACAACGACCACUAAACAGCUGUACGAGACCGAGAUACUUUAACACAACUGGAAAUUGGCGUGGAACGAAGCUAAAAUUGACAUUUAAUCGGAGCAGUUGAGAUUUAUAUCUGAAUUUGCGGACCGGACUAGUCGAGGCCCAUCAGCACCAUACCCAUUAUAUGCGUGGACGACGAUUCCAAAUCCGAAUCCGAUAGAGAAACGUUGGAGGCAUUGACAAAAGAGAGAAAGAAAAAGCAGAAACGAUAGUUAUGAUUGAACAUGAAUGGCAAACACCUUUUCGUUUGUUAGGAUGAGCACGGACUCACAUCGUACUUGUAUUUACUAUCAUCUAAUUGUCGUACACAAAUGUGUGUGUUUGCACAACUCCAGCAUCCGAUGUGCGUUAUGUGUUGUGUUGUCUGAGAGAAAAACCCAAGGCGAUGAUCGGAAGCAAAACUAAACGAAAGCAUACAGUAUCGAAUCGAAACGAAUCACAAAUCAAAAGCCGUAUAAAGUAAUUUGUGCACCCCCAUAUAAAAGAAAAACGGGAAACCGUACACCCCAUGCACCAGAGUAAAAAUGCCCAGAUGAAUGUAUUUAUGUAUGUAUUCGCUUACAUUGAUGUACUUGUUGCAUGUUGUGUUUUUGUUGUUGUUUCGACAAAGUUAUAGGUCAUAAAGGUCGAGAGCAGGAGAUGGGCGUUUGGGAACCGUUUGGCGACCGAGAACAGCAUGUUCUCCAUAAACACCAGCACCAUAACCCCCAGCACUAUGCCACGACACAACCAUACAUUCAUACAUCCAUACAUCCAUGCAUGUGGACUAUGUGUUAAGGUCCAGCCGCACCCCCUGCCCCUGUCCCAAAAUCCAAAUUCUGAAAUCUGAAAUCUAAAAUCUGAUCUUAUCGAUCCAGGAUGUGGGAUCCAGAGGCUAGGACCUGGCCACAACACAACUACACCACUUAGAACCAUACACACCACUGCAUAGCAAAGCAAAGCAAAACGCCACACAGCACACAACAUACAACAUACAACAUACAACAUACACACAGUCGUAGGAGCACAGGCCGAUUGAAGAUUAACCAUUAUGCACAUGUACAGAUCUACGUAUGUACUUUAAUAAUAUGUCAUAGAUUUUUAUUAUUACCUUGGUAUGGGACGUGAGACUGAUAGUUCUAUAUAUGUAGCUCAUCAAGAUACAAUAUGAAAUACGAAAGCAUACGAAAGAUAUUGUACUUAUUUUUGUUAGAAAGAUGACUAGCUAAUUUUAUCCCCCACAAGAAGCCACAAACAGCACUCCUGCUCCUCCUGCUCCUAAAGGAGGCCCCAUCUCGUUAUUCACGGUAGGAAUAGUGCGGAGAGUGCUUGUGCCCAUCGGACUACCGACGGUUCUAUUGUUUACAUGCUGCACCUAUCAAAUGGGUAAAACAUAUAUCCUUAGCCAUAUGCAUUUAACGCUACACGCUACACGAUACACGAUUCACGCUACAUCGAACGGUGGUCAGUGGUUGGCCAGCAAGGCCCCCGGAGUCAGAGUCUCCAUUCCCAAAGCCACAUCCACGGUUAGUUUACACUUGGGCUUUGCCCACAGACGGGCUUUUCCUCCGCACACGAUCUUUGCUUCGGCAUUGUUUUUGAAAAGUCCAAUGGACAAGGGAAACGGCACACUUGGCACAGUUGGCACACCACACAUAGAUUUGUUACCUUUACUGCCCGGCCAGUAUUAGACUUCAGUAUUAUAGGCUAAUUUACUUUUAAUAAACUUGUAACACACGACUUGAACGAAAUUUGUUGCACCUCUGCCACGUUUUAUAUCAAUUAGACACAAACCACAAACAUGCAUUCCUUAAAUUGUUCAAUUUUCGAAGUCUAAAUGCGGUCUGUUGAGGUCUGUUGAACCUCACACAUAGGACGAGCGCUGUAGCAUAAGAUCUAACACCACACCACAUACAAUGAACACUUUAGAGUAUAUGUAUCUGCAUCUGCAACUGCUAUUCGCUACUCACAUAUGUAUGUAUAAAUUCAUAGUUCUAUUACAUGUAUAUCCAAUAGCUCAAAUACACCUUCUCCAGGCCACACUGCUGAUGAUGCAGUUGAGCCGUAUCUUUUAUAGGUAGUCCCAGUUUAGAUGCCCCAAAGUGCGUGCAAUAGACUUGACUUCAAUUCAAGUCCAAGACUAAACGCCAAACACUUAACCCCUUAGGUGCGCGCUCAAGACGUUUACAUGCAUAUACACACAAAGACAAAUAUUUACCUAAGUUAGAAGAUUUGUAUUGUUUAUUUAGCGCCAUUCGACGAAUAUGUAUAACAUAUAUAUUUACAUGCAAAACCACGCAACGAAUACACAUUUAAAAGAACAUAUAUACAUGCCUACGAUGAAUACGACGAUAAUAAGUAAUAACAACGUAUGCAAAGGCAGUGUUAAAGAAUGUCCCCUAAUGAUACCAAGUCAACAUAUUUGAGUAUAAAGUUAAACCAGGGAACGUGCCCCAAAUCGAAGGCAUCGUGACCCUACUUAUAUCCCCAAAAGGCACAUUACACCAGAUCAUACUGACACCACACUCACACGCCCACACAGGUAUUUAGAAUCGCGAUCACGAUCUAAUAUCGAUCUAAACCAAACCGAAAACCCUCGCCCCACUGGGAGAAGGGAGGUGCAGAGCUCAAUUCAGAUUAGAGCUGCAUCGGAAGAGUUGGAAGUGCGUAUUUUUUUCUUAAUAAUAAUUAUUCUAUUUAAAUCACAACAAACCACAACAAUAAAUAUCAUUCGUAAAAUGAA